AUGGUUUCCGCGGCGGAGGACGAUCCUCAAGUAGGGAGAAGACAGAGAGAGCAAAGAGCCGGCAAUGGUGGCGAUGAUACGACAACCCCCGAGGUACGAUGGACUUCCUGGGCGAUUCCGAUGGUGGUGAUCGCGAACGUCGUCGUUUUCGUUGCCGUCAUGUACGUCAACGAUUGUCCUCACAAGAGCAAUCGAUGCCUCGCGAAGUUCCUCGGACGUUUCUCCUUUGAGUCUUUCAAGUCCAAUCCUCUUCUCGGUCCAUCUUCCUCCACAUUGGAGAAAAUGGGAGCUUUGGCAUGGGGAAAAAUAGUUCACAAGGGUCAAGGUUGGAGACUCUUGACAUGUAUGUGGUUACACGCCGGUGUUCUCCAUCUGCUUGCAAAUGUAAUUUGUGUCGCCGUCAUUGGAGUUCGUCUCGAACAGCAGUUUGGUUUUGUUCGAGUGGGAACAAUCUAUCUUGUGUCUGGCUUCUGUGGGAGCAUACUGUCUUGUCUGUUUGUUCAGAAUGCUAUAUCAGUUGGUGCCUCAAGCGCUUUGUUUGGCCUCUUAGGAGCAAUGUUAUCUGAAUUGUUGAUCAAUUGGACUACUUACGACAAUAAGGGUGUGGCUUUGAUAAUGCUGUUGGUGAUUGUUGGUGUUAACUUGGCGUUAGGGACACUUCCUCCUGUUGAUAAUUUUGCUCACAUUGGUGGUUUCUUGGGAGGUUUCCUUCUCGGUUUUGUUCUUCUGAUUCAUCCGCAGUUCGAGUGGGAGGCAAACCGAGUUUCACUCACGCCCGGUUCCGUUGUUAAACCGAAGUACAACACUUGUCAGCUUGUGCUUUGCUUUGCUGCAGCCAUCGUCUAUGUCGCCGGGUUUGUUACUGGGUUGGUGUUACUAUUCAGAGGAGAUAACUUGAACAGAUAUUGUAAGUGGUGCCAUAAACUUAGCUACUCUGUUAAAUCCCAAUGGACAUGA